GGCUGGACUGAGUUUUGACAGUCAGCCUUCAGCUGCGGAGGGGGCUUGGCGGGGGCCAGCCGAGAAAGUUGCUCCGAGGGAGGCGGAGUUGAGCCGGGCCGAGCCGGGUGCGCGGGGCAGACGGCGGCGGGCGCCCCGGGUGGACGCGGCGCCCAGACUCCUGGCUCUUCCCGAGGGUUCCGAUUUGAAGACCUGACUUCUCAUCGCCCAUUGGACUAUGCCCAAGGCUUUCCUACCCAAUGAUCCUCUUGCAACACGCCGGGCUUCCUCUGCCUAAGCGGCCCUCAUCCUCUCCUCCUAUGUCAGUGGCCACCAGGUCUACAGGAACCUUGCAGCUUCCGCCACAGAAGCCUUUUGGGCAGGAGGCUUCCUUGCCUCUGGCAGGGGAAGAGGAGUUACCUAAGGGAGGAGAGCAAGAUUCUGCCCUGGAGGAGCUAUGUAAGCCCCUGUAUUGCAAACUCUGCAAUGUCACCUUGAACUCAGCGCAGCAAGCCCAGGCUCAUUAUCAGGGUAAGAAUCAUGGUAAGAAGCUCCGAAAUUACUAUGCAGCAAACAGCUGUCCUCCUCCUGCCAGAAUGAGCAGUGUGGUAGAACCCGUGGCCGCCCCAGCCACCUCUGUCCCUCCACAGAUGGGCUCCUUUAAGCCAGGAGGGAGAGUGAUCCUGGCCACGGAGAACGAUUACUGUAAGCUCUGUGAUGCCUCCUUUAGCUCUCCGGCUGUGGCUCAGGCUCACUAUCAAGGGAAGAAUCAUGCCAAGAGGCUGCGGUUGGCGGAAGCUCAGAGUAACUCAUUCUCGGAAUCCUCAGAGGCGGGUCAGCGGCGGACCCGGAAAGAAGGGAAUGAGUAUAAGAUGAUGCCUAAUCGGAGGAAUAUGUAUGCAGUACAGAAUAAUUCAGCAGGUCCUUACUUCAAUCCCCGCUCUCGGCAGAGAAUCCCACGUGAUCUGGCCAUGUGUGUUACUCCAAGUGGCCAGUUUUACUGCUCCAUGUGUAAUGUCGGGGCUGGCGAAGAGAUGGAAUUCCGGCAGCAUUUAGAGAGCAAGCAACAUAAAAGCAAGGUGUCUGAACAGCGGUACAGGAACGAGAUGGAGAAUCUGGGAUAUGUAUAGUGGCUGUUACAUUCAGAUAGAGCAGCUUUGCCUGCCUGUUGUUUUGCCUUCUGUCAACAUGCCCUGCUUUUGUGGUCCUUUUGAUAUAAGUACAUUCCUCUGCUUAAUGUUAAUACAUGUAACCUGCAUUGGUACCAUGAGAUGUCAAAAUUGGGGAAGGUAAAGAAUGUGCUUCUUAGGUCAUGAUGCGUUUUCAGGUCAGUUUGUUGAACUACUUAGAGCAUGUGACCUACCUACCCCAUGAGAAAUAACUUUUUAUUUUGACCAAAUUCUGGUCAAUGAGUAGCCUGAUCACUUAGAGCUUUAACUAUUUGAGAAUUUCACCUUCUAUUGCAAUUUUAGUUUUAUGUACUGUUAAGAAUUUUCUUGAGUUCUUCCUUCAGAUAACGGUAAAAGCAGGUAAGCAGAGAUUUUGGUUUCCCAAGGCUUCUUUGGAACCACCUCAACGCAAUGCCUUGCCAGUAGGAUAUACUAUUAUAAACUACAUUAGGGCCUUUCCCAGGACAUGUUUUUCCCUCAUCAUGUCUUCCCAUUAUUGCAGUGCAGAUUUUCUUGGAUUCAUACACUUCCAAUGUGCUUGUAGACUUCCGGAUGGUGAAAUUUCAUUUCCAGUUGUGGAUUUCACUCAUUUAAAUGCCACCUUUUUCCUUUUUCCCCCCUUCCUUCCCUGCCCCAGUUGAAUUAGCUUGUAAAAUAAGCUCAUUUUCAUGCCCCAGCCAUAUUGUGGGCUUUCCAGGCCCCCCAUUCCAAUAUCCAGUGAGUGUAAGAUAGAUAUGCUAUUUUUUACAAAAAUAUUUUUCAGAUGGUUUUAGAGUUAUUCACUGAUAAUAACAUGUACUUGUAUGAUGGUCUUGAUCUUAUGAUAUUUGUUUUGGCAAGCUUUUUUUAUAAACUGAUCCUUACAUUUUAUUUACGUUCUUUCCUGCCUUGCCAGUUCGUUGGCUGUCCUGAAAAAAUACUUUCAUAAAUAGAGAGGAAUUUAAAACAAGUUCAUCAAAUUUUAGUAUCAUCAUUUGCAGUAGUAAAAUACAUGAAAUUUGAUUUCUUUCUUUAUAAUUCAGCUUCCUUAAAGAUAAUAGAAAUACAUUAUGGAUGGCUUUGGUAUCUGAUAAUUACAACAGUAUUAUUAUUUGUUUUUUUGUUUUUAAACUAAGAAGCUCUAGUUUAUGACUAGAUUAACUAAUGGAGUGCCCUGUGAACUUUCAUUAGUUGUAUUUUAUGUACUUACUAUAUUUACAUGGAUAAGACUGGUGCUCAUCCAUACUUCUUUUGAAAGGCCAAACUCACCAGGAAGUUUAUAUUGAGUAGUAUCUUUGCACUAUGGUCAAUUCACAUUUGAUUGCUUGUAUUACUAAUUAAAAAUGAAACUCCUUUUUUCCUUGAGAACUCUGUAAGCAAAGAGGUGAGGAGAAGGAAAGUAUCAUCAUCAUUACUCUCCGUUAAUACUUAUGAACAAUUUUUGAGCAAUCUGGAUCCUUAUUUAAAAUAUAGUUUUGGGAUUAACCUCUAGUUCAGUAUCAAGCUGCCCUUCUAUUGACGUGGUGGUUUUUUGAAAAAUAGAAUUAUUUAGUAAUGUUUUUCUCUCCAAAACAGAAGAAUGAAAUAACAUUAUUGAGAUUCUAUCUAGAUCUGUGACUCAUAGUAUAAUUCUUUUAUAUAAUUGGUUAGUUUAGGGCAAUUUAGAGCUUAUUUUAUUGGUCAGUAGGUUACUCAUUUUGCUGCUAAGUAUAAUUUUUUGGUAGAUUUUAAUAUAAUAGUGCUGGCCACUUGAUUCUAUAAUUAUUUAAAAAUCUCAGUUUUCCCUCUUUCUCUUUAUGUCUUUGUGUGUGUCUACACACACACACACACACACACACACACACACAUAUUUAUGUGAUACCAUGGAGAAGAUUUCAUUCGAUCCUUAUUUCAGAUAACGGUAAAGGAUUGUUAAGAAUUUACAGUUUGUAAAAGUGGCAUUCAUCUACUUUCCAUUUAUCCUUUACAAAUAAAAUUAAAGGAAGGAUUUUCUCCACUCUCCCCAUUUAACAAUCUCAUUGCAUUUAUACAAAAAGCAGUGGACUUAAAGGCCUUGAUGUUUUUCCUGGCCUUGCAUAUUCAGGUUUCCAGUCUCCCAGUGCCCUUAAUGGAUGUUAUGAAUGCAUAAAUGCAUUUUCUUUAAAGAAAAAGUUAGAUUUAUAGUGUUAUUUCUUACUUGCUCUGUUUUUUUGCACUAAAAAAGAGCUAUGUGUUUGUUUUAUAUGACACUUUAGAUACCAUAUUGCCUACAAUAACUCAGUUUGCUCCUUAAUUUCCAAACUGUAGGAAGUUGAUAACUUCCAUGAUCAUUUAUAGAGGUUACAUACACAUCCAAAAAAAAAAAAAAAUCACAAAUCUCUAUGACAGUGGGUUGUUUUGGGCUUGUUACCUUGCAAUAUUUUCCUCUGUUCCAUAGGUGAAAUAAAGGGUGACAGAGGUUGUCAGAAAGGAAAUACCUAAAUAAAUACAUCUCUGCAUGGUACAGUUUCUCAUAUUCAUGCAUUCCCUGUAGACAGUAUUUUUCUCCCUGUUGAAAAAGGCUGUUGUUCCUGCUGCAGUGAUAUGUGAUCUCCAUUGGUUUCAUUUUGUGAAGUCCAGUCCCGCUCUGUAAUGUGCUUUAGAAUUCGCACCCCGUGCUCCCCAAGAGUCAUGAUAGUAUCUUUUUAUAUGCUCUGUACAAGGAUGGACAGAGGCCUAAACAAUGGAAAACCUUUAGUCAAACAAGUAGAUUUCAGUAAUCAUCUGCAAGAACUCAUAACAUCAGUCUCUUUUCUCUGUGAAUAUCUUUGUGUAAGUUGUCAUUCAAAGUCAAUGUUAGAAGAUAACAAUUAGAAACCCUUCUUAAAAUAUUGAGGGUAAGAAGUUGUAAAGGAAAAAUUCCAUGUUCCAAUUAAAAGAUUGGAUUGCA